GACCAUUUGGUGGUCGUAAGUAACACAAGUCUACUGUCAGCAGUCGGAAGAAGGACGGUAACAGCAUCUGUGAGUGGAGCUCGCGGCUUAAAGGCACCACGUGUUCACUUUGUUUAUCACCCGGGACUUCUGGGAAGCGGUACUCAUGGUAACCAACGUAAACACCAGUCCUCCUCCUCCUCCUCCUCCUCCUCUACGGCGUCUCGGUUUUACAGUAGCGCAAAAACAGAGCAAAAAACGCAAGCAUGGCUUUUAACGAGGACCAGUACUAUAAGAAGAUAGAAGCGAUCCAACAAAACAUGCACGAAAGGUGAGGUUUCCCUCUUUUUUGUAAACGGGGACAAGGCCUACUUAAACCACGGGUUUGAGUGGUGUUAUCUACCGACUGGUGGUCUCCUUUGGCGGCUAGCUACAUGGAGCUGUAUGGAGAUGCCGUAUGGUGAGCUAGUGUAUUAGCCCACGACGCUAGCUGUUGUUUAACAGGGAUGUCGACACGGACCACUGUGAAGCUAGCCGGUUUACCCUUAAAAAGAAGGCGGGUGCAUUUUGAAAAACGUCCCCAGAUAGCUAAUAAAAAUUAAUAUGAUUAACAUUAAGCUAGAAUCAUAAGUACGCGAGAGCAUCAGCGCGUGUGACAUCAGUUAGCUUAGCAAAGCCGGAGAAACUGCAGUGUUGAGUGAUAGCUGCCAUGACUUCUGUGUGUGUGUGUGUGUGUGUGUGUGUGUGUGUGUGUGUGUGUGUGUGUGUGUGUGUGUGUGUGUGUGUGUGUGUGUGUGUACAGGGAGAAGCGGAGAUUGGAGCUGGAGAAAGGACUGUUUGCCCACUCAAGAUCCGACAAAAGAAUGUAAGUUACAAAAGUCAUCUCAUAGAAGAAAGAUCGAGACUAAUUUUUAUCCUUUUCAUACGUGAAGCUUUAACUUGCAUGUAUGAAAUUAAAAAUAUCCACAAAUAAAAGUCGGAAUUAAUAUUAAGAAAGUGAAUCAACAAGUGUACUGUUUGUUUUCCCUGCACAGAAGGCCUUUACCAUGUUUGUAUUUUAUAUCUGUAUUUAAAGAAAGUCAUGUUACUUAUGUUUUAGUCUUAUCCUUUUAUGUAAAUAAAACACUCUUGUUCACGCAUUUGGCAGGAAUGAUAGACCCUUUAAUGCAGGUUGUGUAGAUUGAUUUGAUUGUGAAUUGAUUGUCAUAAAUACAAACGAGCAAUGUCUGAACCGGAAGGCUGAGCUUGAUAGUAGAGUUGAGGAUACAACUCAAAUUUAAAAUGCAUUGUGCUUAACCUUUUCUUGUGUUAAGUCUAGCACUUUAGUUUUUUGACAAUGGUCAAAGAUAAUAUUUCCUUGGAAUAAUAGUUCUCCACCGCCUUCAGCUCACAGAUAAGGUGUUCCAAACUGCGCAGUUAUCUCAAGGAAAUCUGUGACAGGGAGGCACGAGCGAAAAUGAGAAACCUUGAGCUUCUGAAAGAUAUGGAGUGCAUAGAAAUUAGCAUGAGGGAAUAUACUCCAGACCGUGGCCCCCUGCAACAACAGAAGGUAUAGCAAACUCUCUCUCUCUCUCUCUCUCUCACACACACACACACACACACACACACACACACACACACACACACACACACACACACUAUCUAAUUUGUUCUAUGGAGUUGUGAUUCCUAUGAUGGUGCUGAAUUAAAAUCCUCGUAAACAAACACACUGCCCACUGAUGUUGAUCUAGGAUCAGACAAUUAUACUCUUUUUCCGAAAUUAUUCAUCAAAAUUGAUGACAGAUUAAUUUGUUUUAAUUGUCUGUUUUUAAGGGGAAAAACACUGGUUUUUAGCAGGUUACCAUUUGUACUGUGAAUAUGUGCGGGAAUGUAUAUCUCGUGACGCAUUGGUGUAAUCAUUUGCCUUGAUGUCAGAAGUAAUUUUAACACUGAGGAGAAAUAUUUGCAACUGCUUGAUGUGACAAUAGUAAACACUCAAAAUGUGCAAUUUAUCACUACAAGCAAAUGAACAAGCGAGAGAACAAUGAGCCAGUCAGAUUAUCACUUAAAACUCAACGACAGCGCUUGACAGCUUAAUAUCAAAUUAACAAAAUUGGCUAAUUAUGACUCGCUGAGUUAAUUGCCCAAUAUAGAGACUCUGAAGUGCUCCAGAGGUUUAGUCAUUUUCUACCCUCAAGCAGUUGGUUUAUUUCCUCUUUACACUUUUCAAGUCCUGCAUGUUGUUAUUGUUUUUGUCCUGUUUUCUUUGUUUCCAUUGUAUCAAGUCAGCUUGAAUUUUCUGGUUUAACUCUGACUAUUUGGUACCGAAAGAAAAUCAUUACUGUAAAAUAGACAGCAAGUGAAGUAAGUUUUCAUAAGCAGGUACUAAAUGGACAUAUUCAUGGCAUUAAAUGUGCAUCAUUUGUUUGCAAAAACAAAAUACUCAAGUAAAAGAGUGUGUAAGAGUGUAAAAGAGUAAAUGAGAAUCCAUCAUACAAUUAAAGAAUUUAUGAAAGCACCUUUUUAUUUUUAGAAAAAGAUUGAUUUUCAUGAACUCUCAUUAUUCUGAUGAAUAGGUAUGGUACUUUUUAAGCUAAUCCAAGAGCCUUAAAGAGGCCAUUGGGCCUUUUUAAUUGGAGUUUGAAUUAAAGCAGUUUAGCCUGGCCAGCGAGAUAAAUGUUAAAGGGUGUCAGCAGCAACACAGAAGGCGCUCACUUGGGAAAACCUUUCAUGACUGAGUUUGAUUGACUGAUGUUCAACAUGUCACACUUGCUAAGCUACAAUGUGAUUUUAUACCACAUGCAGAUAAUGUUCAGCAACACUAUCACAACAUACAAAUCCUGACAAUCCAUAAUGCUAUCUAUCUAUCUAUCUAUCUAUCUAUCUAUCUAUCUAUCUAUCUAUCUAUCUAUCUAUCUAUCUAUCUAUCUAUCUAUCUAUCUAUCUAUCUAUCUAUCUAUCUAUCUAUCUAUCUGUCAAUCAAUGUAUCUAUCUAUCUGUUUAUGUAUCUACUCUUGUCUUUCAUACAGGAAGAGUUUUCCAGAAAGAUCUCCAAAAUUGUAGGAGAGAGACAGAAAAUCCAACAAGGGUCUGAUGUGGAAAAGGUAAUGCAUAUUUGUUUAAUAUAAAAUUUGUGCUCCUAAAACUAUAACACAAAGUAUUUUGCAGAGGCACAUCUGUUGAGUAUUGUGUGACUCCUAUCAUGGUUGGUGACUAUUUGUGAAAUGUUUAAAAAAGGCACUUGUUCUUUUUUUUAUGCUUCAUCCAUUUUUUUUUAUGUUUACAAGGUUUAUGUAAAUCUCUGUUCUAUCAAGCUGUGUUUUCAGGUUUAAAGUAACAAAGGAAAGUAGACAUUAUGCUCGGUAAAUCUGUGGAGGAGUCUACAUUUAAACUGUGUAUCUGUAAUAACACAGGUGUCUAAUCCUAGCUGGUGCAUCUGUACAAGCGAUGUAGUUCAAGCCCAUAGCUGCUUUCUCCCUUCACUUAAAGCAGUUAAAGCUCUUUUAGAUGAAAUGUCUAAGACAUCUCAUAAUAACUUGGAGCAUGCUGUCUAGAGCAGUCACUUGUAACUGUGUGCAAACCCCCCGUCAGCCUGUCGAUAUUGUAAUGAGCAAAAUGGUACCGUCACUCCAUUAUGCAUACAAGCCAUUGGCUGGCAGUGUGCAUGUCCCUCAGGCUGCAGCAUUCAUUAAGGGAAGCUUACCGGGCUGAAAGCUGGAGACAGAUGAUAACGGGAUAUGAUUUUCAUAUUUAAUACAUUCCUUGGAAGAGCACACGCGUGCCGCAGAUUGAUAGAAGAAUCAAUUGCUACUUUACUGAAACACUUUCUACUUUGCCCUGCAGCUACCGAUGGAAUCACUCAGCCAAGAAAUUAACUUUUCCUCUUUUUUUACCUACUUUGUGGAUCUGCUGGGCAGGCUGCAUGGUUUACACUGAAUGUUAUUAAGCAGCUAACUGUUUGGUAUUUAAGACGCUUAUCAGAAAAGAAACAGAAGCCAUGCUUUUUGUUAUUAUGUUUGGAGGGAGGCUUUUUUGCUUCACUCUUUCCCCCCCUUGGUGACAUUGCAGACAUGAAUCAGAACUUGUCUAAAGGAUUUCUAAUAAGAUGAAAAGUUAAAGCAUUGAUCUUUAGACAUUCUUCUAAAAAAUGUUGUAAAAAGUAUUUUGACCUUGGCCCAGACUGAUUUAGUUUUAUAAAAUUAAAGAGUGAGUUGGUAAUGUGUCCAAAUUAAAUUAUUUUGAUAUUCACCCUAAACAAGGAAUUGUAAAAUUCUGAAUGAUUCUUUAUGCCAAGAAACGUAUAACUAUGAUGAAGUCCUUAAAAGUUUACCUGUUAAACAUAAGUUUAUCAAUAGAUCCUGUAUUUGCAGAAGGAAGCUGGACAUCACCAGGGCAGCUCCUCUUUUCACUUGGCUAAAGAUUUCACACGACCGCCAACAGUCAUUUUUAUGGGCCACCAGACCUCCAGAGGGUCUGACGCUGAAGCUGGCACCACAAGUGUACACUCACACCAAGUAUUGCAUCGUUCACCCAAUCGCAGCAUGCAUCCCCGCGAACGUCUACCAAGUGGCCUUUUGAAGGACUUCAGAGUUGGAGGAGAGGAAGCCGCCAGCAACAGAGCACAUUUAUCAGAUGACAUUUCAGGCUCAAACGAUUCCCCUGACGGCUGUAAUUUGAGUGACAAACAUGAAAGAACUACGCCGGUGCUCCCAUCUGUUCCUGCCUUAACAGGCACAGCUGGCAACGUGCCUUUAGGAAGUGAUGAUGAACAAGAAGUAUCACCUCCGAUGACCUUGACAAGGACUGAGAAGAAUCCCUCUCCCAGCAGCAGUAGCCCCAUGAAGGAUAGGAAUUUUUCUGCAGAACAUAUGGAGUCUCAGGAGGUGCUUCAUCAGAUGACCACAAUUGAACUAGGAGAUCAAGGUCUUCAAACACCUCAAACCACUUUUGGAAAGGAAGCUGAGGAUACACCAGGUUUGCAAUACCAUUCUUUCCUUUUUGCUAUUAACAUCUUGCAUUUGUAUUAAGCUGAAUGAUACUUUGCCCUGUGUUUACAUUCAGGGAGGAGUGAGAGUGUCAGCACACCAAGCUCUGAUGUACAGCUGUCAGAGAGCAGUGACAGUGACCUGUCCAUCUCUCUGACACAAUCGGAGCUGGAAGAGGAUCCAGAAGAGGGUGUGGCAUCUGACAGGAAGACCACCUCUGAAGGGAAUGAUGAUCACAAUCAACAUAGUCCUGUAUCAUCUCUGCACUCUGAAGAGUGCGAGUACAAACCACAAUCAAACUUUGCCUCAUCAGCUUCCGAAGUGACCUUGGAAAGGUAAUUUUUUUAUUGUACUUUGUUUUGUGUUUUACUGUCAGUGCUUCAGUUGGAAAAACAAUUACAUUUUGAUCACUUUGGGGCACUUUCUUUUCUUAAAAACACCCAUUAUGCAGUCAAACAAGCUGAGAAAAGACAAUGUUCUGCAAAGCCAUGCUAAACUUCAGCAGGCUGUUAAUGAUUGGAGUGACUGAAGACACAAAUAGUCCUUUCCAGCAUCACAACAGACAGCUGACAGAGAGGAUUGUGGAAGUCACGAUCCAUGCCACCGUGCUCUCUGUAGCUCAGCGGCAGCUGCUGUGGUGGCAGUGAUGCAUCUUAUAGGGAGAGCUCAGGACCUGUCACCAACAAUAUUGCCUUAAUCCAAGAUAAUGCUGUAACAGAGCAAUUUUCUGCUUGAGAGACCUCAGGAAGUCCCCAAUGGAGGAGGAAAUUUGUGGCACCAUAGAGUGUUCUGGAGGGUGGGCAUGUGGACAGCACUUACAGCCACAAAUCCUUAGCGUGAUGAUGGCCUCUGAGUUGAAGGAUCAUUUUGGAUGGGGAUAGAGCCACAGAAAAUCCCAUGUGAAUGUUUGCUCCCAAAGCCUCAGAAUGUCCUUACAGUUUAUGCUGUUUUAUAAACUGGACCCCUCAUGCUUCAAACCCCUGAUUUUGAGCUUUUUUUCUGACCUUCUUCUCAGGGGCAGACCUGGUGUUUCAUACAUAGGUUAUACUUUUUUAUAUUCAUAUAACUCAUAUAGGAAAUUGAGUUCCUACUGCACAUACAUAUGCUCAAAAUGAUGUUUUUAGAAGACUACAGGGUUCCUAUGCAAGUAUAGAAAGUAUGGAAAAGUAUAGAAAUAAAUUUGAUCAGUUUCCAGGUCUUAAAAAGUAUGGAAAAUGAAAAAUAAAGUAUGGUAAAAUAUUGAUGUUUCCAAAUUACCACCACAUUUAUAAAAAUACUGUUAUCUAAAAUAGAAAAGUAGGUAUUUCCUACAAUAAUUCUAAAAAAUAGGGUAUCGAAAAGUAUGGAAAUUCCAACUGUGUAGGAACCCUGAGACAAGCAGUCAUUCAACACGACCCACAAAUAUUAAGGACUUAAUUGUUUAGAUAUGGUACUUCAUUUAUGACUUGAAUGUUUAUGUCUCAAAAGUAAUAUGGCAGGUUUUAUUUUUCCUCUUAAAUUGUAACAUGUUUUGUUUGAGCUUGACUGUGCCUCUGUGUGGUCUACUAUACUGUUUAUUGCGUGACCUCAAGAGGAACUGCAGUUAGCCUGUGCGGGCAGACGACGGUGGGGGCUGCAGCUUUCAUUGUUAACACGGAGGGCUCCUGUGUAUGAGGAGAAAACCAGAGGCUUUGAUGUACAGCUCAGAGAGCAUUCAGUCUCUAUCCUCUCCCUCUCUUUCUCUCUCUCUCUUAAGGUUAGAGUUUAUAUCGCUCCCUCCAUUCAGCUCACAGUCAGGAAAAACAAGCCCAGGCAAUUCAUUAUAUUAUCCCAUUAUAUUUCUCCUCCAGCAUGGCUGGGGCCAGUGAGAGUAUACGCCUGAAAUAUCCUCCAGGUUUUUUCUUCGAAAUUCAACAUAAUGGCCUCACUGUGUCCUGCUUUCAAAUAUGUCGUCCAUGAACUGCAUGAUGGCCCGGCCCAAUUGAUGACAACAUACCGUGCAAUUAAAGUUCUUUAAAAUCUAAUACAAAACUUGAGAGAGAUUUUUAAAUAAGUAGGUUUUAAAUUAAUAUAAACAGUUUGCAAUGCCAUCAGGAAACCCUGCUUUUUACUGAAUCUUCUCAUUGUAUUUUUUUUUUUUUUUAAUUCUAGCUCAAGCCAACUUAUUGUUCAUUUUUACAAAGUACUCUGCAAACUGAGUGCUAACAGAGAGUGGUUGAUAAUUCCCCUCGUUUAUUCUGACUGUGCCUGCACUUAGUGGAUUGUCAUUACCUUUGCUAUCCUUUUGUAUUAUUUUUUGCCAUCUGUGCCAGCAUAGGGAGAUUCUCCUGACACCAAUCAGUCCACACUGAAGCCAAUCCCACGUGGUAAACCACCCCGGAGUUAGUACUUUACACUGUAGAGCAAUAUCGCUGCAGAGAGGCUGACCCCUUCCUUCUAGCUAACAAUGUGCUCCUGAUGAUGUCGACGUGCAGACAACAGCAGCAUCUAAAGUGAGGUUGGAGACCUUGACAUGAAAGUCGGCAACAAUACAAUGAGAGAGAAAAAGAUAUAGAAAGAGAGGGGUUUUGCAGAAAAACAACUAAUUCUCUCUCUAAAGGUCUCUGUUUUGAAGAAGAUUGACAAAUAAAGUGGAAAGUGAAAGAUGACUAUUUCAAGGCCCACACUGACGAUAAGGGAAGAGAGAAAAAAAAAAAAAAUAGAGCUUUUGCCUAUGCUACUUCAGCCACACUGAAGAGGACUUAGCCCAGACGGAUUGCACACUACAGAAUGUCAUGGAUAUAAUUCAAGCUGCAGGCUUAAUCAGGAUGUUACCAGGAAACAACCUGCAAAAAAAAGGGAGCAAUUGUUUGCUGACCCCUAACCCAGGAGCCCAUUACAGAUUGUCAUAAAUUCUUUUUGGCCUCUUUUAUGUAGGGGGGCUCAGGAUCUCUCGGCUUGGGGUUUCUGGGAGAAUUCAAUGAGGGCCACCCAGAGCUUAAUUCUCAAGAAAGAGAUGGAUUCCCAAUAUCCACAUGCAUUAAGCAUCCAUUUCUCAUUUUGCAGCUGCACACAGGACCAGAUUAAAGUGUAAAUCUCACACCAAAAGAAAUCAUCUUUCAGGAGCCUUUUUCUUACACUUUUUAAUAGGAGAUGCUCAUAAUGCUAGUGUUAUUGUAUUGUGAAAAUUUUCUUUUAGAACAUCCAGAUGAUAUUUUACUAGGGUAGGUGUACAGUAUGUUGCUGAUUUAAAGUUUUAUUUCAAAGCUCAUAAACUGUUUUUAAAUAGCAUUUUCUCAAGCUCUCCAUACAACCUGUCGUUACAUGUGGCACCAUCAGCAGACUCACUUUGAACCGCUGAAGUCCUGUAUUGUAUUGUGGCAGCAAUGUAACAAUCAGAUUCCUCCAGCAGUCCUUGAGUACCCCAAGGGAAUUGCCAAGAAAAAUGUGUCAUAGAUUUUUUGAUCAAAUGGCAUCUUCUUUUUACAAAAAGCAGACCUAUCGAUCAUUUGGCCUCUCUUAUUUUUAUUUCCUUUUACCUCAUUCAUGGGUAAUGUUUCUUUUAGUCUCUCCCAGGAAGGACUCUUUAAUCUGCUAGACAACAUCGAAGGACGACUCCAUGGUGAACAGACCAGUCUGUAUAGGGAUUCUUUGAUUGAUACAAGACAACUCAAUAGAAUUAUCAGGUAUGCUCUUCUUGUCUCUCUACAAACUUUACAAUGUCAUCUCUUCCUGUCUAAGCUAAAUGCUGUGUAUAUUUACUUAACGGCCAUGGAGCAGUUUGUGCUGAUGAGGAAAACAUAUUAUCCUUCUGCCAAGGGCUCUCACUUUAGAUGAAGUGUCAUCAACAGCAUGCACACAUCUUUAUUUCUGAGGGGUUUUCAAACACAUGGGAUUGUUAUAGUAACCGUCCUGUUGAAUUGUUAGUGGGAGUCAGGGAGAUAGAGGAUGGAGAAUGCGUUUCAUUAGUCAAGGCUUAUUUUUUCGUAAGCCUUUUAUAUUUCAUAGCAUGAUUAACUCACCAUAAUUGGACUUCUUGUUGUAAAGUAAUGUGUGACAAAGUAAUGUUCUCUCAGUCUUUUAAACCUUGUGUAUUCUUACCCUGUUCUUGCAACAUAAGUGCUUUAAAAGGUGUCAACAACAUAUUUAAAAGCAACAAAAAAAGAGAAGAAUCGGCCAUCCUCUGUCUUGACUCUUCGUUGAAUUGUGCUGUGAUAGUAUGUCAGCAGGUGUGUGUGAUUAUAAUCUACAGUGUGCAUGUGCGUGUGUGUCAAGUGUUAGGAGUAGCUGGAUAUACCCCAUGUGCUCCUGACCCACAGGCUGAGCACAUGGCUCCAUGGCAAUAGCUGACAGCUCUCUAUAUAUUGGACAGCCUUUGUAAUGGCAGAGCGGACUUGAAUGACGAGGACCUUGAAGCAUGUGGAGCAGUCAUCCUUCAUGGGCUUCAGAGGUUGUCAUGGAGCACAGCAAAAGGCUGCGUGCUCCCACAGAAUCUCGUGAGUGCUCACCAGUCCUGCACAGACCCUAAUGAAAUAAGGUACGGCUUGUGGUUUCUCUGUUAAUACGACACAUGUCAGUUAGUUAGUUUGUUUGUUGUCCCUAUUUAUUGAAAUUCAUAUUUACCAAUUCUGUACAUUUAUGAAGCGCAUUACGUAACAAACAUUAUUAAUUCUGUUUAUGUAUUUCCAUUUCUCUCAGUAUAAAAAUAAUAUAAUAAUAACGUUUAUUUAUAUAGCACCUUACAACAUCCGAAGAGAUGAACAAAGUGCUUUACAUAACAAAUACACGGUCAAAUACACAAAUACAGGAAAAAGAAAAUACAUGACAAGUGACAAAUAUCUCAUAAUGAAACUCAUUAAGGUUUUCUUUAACUAAAAUCUUAGGUCAGCUUCGAGUCACAGAAUAACAAAGUGCAUUUCCUGAGAUGCUGGAAAAAAAAAAUCAGUUUUUUGUUUAUAAUGUUUUUUUUUAUUUCGCAAUCUAAUAUUGUCUAUGUUUUGUGUCAAUCUUGACAUGUGUAAUACAUCCAGUAAACGCUGUUGAAAAUGAGUAAUUCAGAGAAUAAAUACCAACGCUCUGAAAGCUUUAAAGUUCAAUAGACACUUCUUUUCUUUUCAUGAUCACGGUAAACAGACAAAGAAUGGAGAGCUGCCUGUGCAUUUUCCCCUUUCUUUUUUCGUUCCUGUUUUCUUUCCAGUUUGGCAGGGGCAAGCACUUCCAACAGUUGCUGAGAUAUUGCAUGCCACCAUUCGAUACAGUCUCACUCGUCCGCAAAUGUAAAGGUCAUCUUCAGUGUCACCUCAUGCAGUAACACUGCACGGGUGAAUGUCAUGAGUAAAUUAAAAUGCCCUAUCUGUGACUUCCAGUCCUUUGGAUAAUGAGUAGUUAUACUCUAAGCCAAAUCCAUGCUGUGCUUCACUACUCUAUUGAUUUCACCGAGGCCCCCGCUGCCAUAUACUCGAUCCAAAGAAACACGUCUAGCAGUUAUCUUCUCUUCCCUUGGGAGAUGCUUCUGACCUUUUAUUUAGUUUAACAACCAGAAGCAAUAUGACUAUCUUUGUCAUUUGAGUGUAAACUAGAAUUCAUUAAUGAUCACAGCCUUUUUGAAAUGUACGACGAUGGACUCUCAAGCUGCCUUUUGAGAGAAAUCCUGUGACAAAUGCGUUAUUUCUAACUGUCUGAACUUGUAAUCCACAUACAUUUUCUUGAUGGUGAAAAUAUCUUUUAUUGUCUCAAGGAAAAAUAAUCGACUUGUUUGUAGAUUUCAUUUGUAUUCAAUAAGAAAGCUCCUCUUUCUCUCCCAACAACGCCAUCCCCACCCUCACCAUAGUACCAGCCUCUCUCCUGAUGCUGCUCGGCUGUGGGAUCGCUGGUUCAAGCACGCCCUUCUGCUCAAGGAGCACCAUGUCCUCAGCACUAAGCGCUUAGUCCAGCUGUUCACGCCGCUGUUGCUGGAGCGCCAUGCCACUUACAGCCACCAGGUAGCGUUGGAGGCACACACACUGCAAUGACAUACACAAAUAGGAGGUCACACACUUGUAGGCUCUGAUAUAGUAGGCAGACAUUAGCAGACACGUAAACACAGCUGUAAAGUGACUCCUAUUUUCUUCUGUCCAUAGAGCCAUUUAGUUAUUUUUGGCAUAUUUUGGACAAGAAGUUGUAGUUGGUUCUCAGUUCUGUCUUUGUUUGUGGAUUUUGAUCCAAAUGUGACACAUUGAUUCAUAAUAUCACACACCGAUAUUCAUAAAAGAGAUACCUGACUCCAUUGCUGAUCACUGGUUAUAGUCUCUGCUUAGCACCCGCUAUCUUUUGUGGUGUAUUCAUCUCUUAAGAGCUUGCUUUUGAUAUGAUAUGAGCUAAAAGUACAGCCAUUAGCUGGGUCUUAAUCAUUUAUACCUUUAUCUCUAAAGACAGCAUUAUCUUAUGUUCAAGUCAUCCUAUAGAUCAUGACUUAGCAAAUGAAUAUAAUAAGAAAUAUUAAACAGAGGAAGCUUCAGCAAAAACCCAAGAUUUUUUUUAAGUAAAAAGUUUCAUAACAUCCCCCUUUUCAAUCAUCAGAUUGUUAUUAUUAUUAUUAUUAUUCUCGUCAAAUUAUCUUAAUGGCGUUCUCGUGGCUCUGAGAUCUCGCUCCGGUUUCUCCAGCGCAAUGAGGGAGGCAAAGAGGACUACUGUAGAGCCUCUUGAAGAUAUGAACUGACAAAAGGAAGAGAGCCACUGCCAUCUACAUCAUUGUGUCCAAGUGCAUCAGGAAAAGCCUCAGUAAAAAUGUUUGCCUCCCUUUAUCUCUCUCACUCCAUCUACUCCAUCUAUUUCUUUCCUCCGCUCUAUUUCUCUUUCUCUGCGUCUAUUUCUCUCCCUCUCUUUCCUCUCCGCCGGUUCAUACAACAGCUUACUCUCUCUGCACACAAGAGCAAACAGAAAUUUCCAUUCACGUAAUGCCACACAGCCUGGCUACCCUGACAAAUGGGAGCAUGCAGCUCGCAUGCACACACUCAAAGAGGCCCUUUGAAUAUUCAAGUGCUAACAGUUGCAUUCAUUGAUAUUUAAAAUGCAGUGGGUCUGCGAGAGCCCUCAACUUAGGGUACAUUUGACUAAAUCUAAAAAAAGAACAAAAAAGGAUAUCGGGGACAAGGAUCAAGACAGUUUUUUAUUGUGCUGCGCCAUCAAAUACCAAGUGGUAAGCUCAGAUUGGCAUGUGUUUGCCUCGAUUCCCCUCAGGAAAUGAAAGCAUGCACAUUGUCAAUGUCUACUGUGACCUUCUGAUAACAACUUACAAUGUACUUAAAGUUUGUCGCCAUCAAAAUCCUCCUGAUCAUACCCUCCAUAUUAGUGCUCAUUAAAAGUAGCAAAUGGCCAUCUGAGGCUGAGAGGCAGUCUUUGAUCACAAAAGAGAGAUGAUGAUGGCAGGAUUUGAUAUGGGGGAGGGAAAAAAAGGAGUGAAAAGAAAUCGGUGUGUGGCAUCUCCCUGCUCCUCAUCUCCCGGAACAGCUCCUCUUAAUUGUGUAUCCUCAUCUCUCCAGAGAUAAAAAAUGAGCUGGAGAGGGAGGAAGAGAGCAGUUUGUCUCAGUUCUCUCAGCCAAGAGGGGCGAUAUCUGGAAUGUGUUGCACAUUAAUGCCAGGGUGAUUGCAUUCUUUAGGCGCUUCUCUAAUCUCAUGGAUGAGAAGAGAGGGAGAGAAGAAAAAAAAGUGCGAUUGAGAGGGAGAGCGAAAGUGUGCGAAAUAAUCUUUUUUUUAGUUUAACGGAGUGAGAGAAUUUGAAGUUAUUUUCUCUUGGCGUUUGCACACGCACUACAGCUGCACCUCUGUGCGAGCAGCCGUGGCCAAAGUAAAUGACUUGCCUAAUCGGCGAGAGUUCAAUUUAACACUUCCUUCACAAAAUGGGAACAAUUAAGAGUGUGGUUUUAAUUUGUGCUGCUCGCAGGCCAAAGUGCUGCUGAGGACACUUGUGUCCCGGUCCAGUGAGGAGUGCCCCUCAGCAGAGGACGAGAGCGACUUGUCUUCUUCAUGUGGUCCUCCUCCUCUUCUGGCUGAUGGAAAUGUGAAGCCCGCCAGGCCUGUGCAGAAGCAAGAAAUCCAAGGUUACUGUCAAUUGUUAUUAUCUUAGUUGGAGAGGAAUAGGGAUGGAAAAAAGUGAUCAACUACAAAUUUGAAAAAGACAACAAGUUAAAAUGCAGUGUUUUGUUUAUUGUUUAUGGAUGAAUAACUGAAUUUUCUAACAACCAAAAGUCUGUUUUGGUUUUGUCAGAGUUGCUGGCAGAUUGCCUGAAACGUUCCAAACCAAGAUGACACUGUCUUAACACAGUAACAUGUAGCAAAACCAUUAAUAAGGACAAAUGUAGCUUUUCUGAAUCCACCUCAGCAAAGAACUAAAACUUCCCUUUUAUGAAAGAAAUCAAUUUCACCAUAGAGCUCUUUUUUUUAUAAAUCCCUCACAGCCCAGUUUUCAUACAGCCCUCUAUUCAGAGCUAAAGAAAGACCCCCCAUUCCCAUUUCUAUCCCUAAACUCCCUUCCUCCCCGCCACUGCUUCUCACUAUGCGCUUCCCUUUCUUACAGAACUACAAAGUACUGAAGAGGACAGCCAGGACGAAAGCCCUGUGGAAAGUGUUCCUAUUAGAGGUAAAAAGGCAUUGCCGGUGCCCCAGCAUUCACACUGUCCUUAUGUUGUGGUUUGUUUUCUUCCCUCUGCAGUGAAUAAUGGGCUCUUUUACGCAAUGGCUGAGACAGGAUGAUCAAGGUGAAUCCAGGGUCAAAGUCCCACCUGAAGAGCUGUGCUAGUUCCCUCUAAUUAUCUCCGAGAAAACACUAGCUAUGUUUUCAGCCUGGUCUGAGGCAUUGUGGCUAAAUUGAUAAUUCUCUGGCCCCGGCAUAAUGCGGCUGCUUUAAUUGUCAGGAUGCCAGGGUGGGAAGCGCAAGAGAUCUGUCAUCGCCUCUCAUUAUCUUCUAAACAAUGCUCCGGCAAGGCUGGACUUGAAAAAAUACUAGAUAUGAAGGCAUCCUGGAAGCAGUUGGUGUGCCCGCCCCUGAGCUGCACCUCUGAAAUGUAAAGCAAUGCUAUAUUACCCUUGGCUAUCAGAUUUCCUAUGGGGCCUUUCAUGUGUCUGCAUCCCUAACGUGCACAGCCAGCAAAAUCAGUCCAGUUUGCAAUCGCUACACCUAAUCAAAAGGGCCAUGACCAAAAGAGGAAAAAAAAAAACAUGACUUAAGGUUUUUUUAGGGAAAGGUUUUGCUGUGGUGAGCGACAGCAGUGUCAAAAUCAAAUACCAUGACCUUGGAAAUGAUAGUAAUUGCCACGACAUGUGGGUCAGUAUAGCUAAUGGGGUUUUAGACUACAUGUCCAGGCAAUGGAGGUGUAAGAAUAAAGGGGUGAAUAACACUAGAAAUUCUGAUGCAAUAAAGAUGCCAAACAGUUCUUAAUGAACUAAAGUUGAAAUAUCCGGACUCUGUCAUAGAAGAUCUACAUUUUGUUCUAUGGCACUCUUUCAGUGUAGUAUAUUUUUAGCAGCAUCAUUGAGACAGCAGCCCAUUUAUGAUGCACUUCUGCUGUGUGUUGAUUUUUGCCAGCACAGUCUCCGUGCUCUCUUUAAAUAUGAUACCUACUUUAGUGUGCCGGAAAGUAAUUAUGAGUGUUUUCUAAACAGAAAAUCACUCAUUACCUUCCUGGUAGGGGACACUGAGAUAACGUGAGAUGUUGAUUUCCCUCUCAUGGAAACUGUUGAUACUUAGUGUAGGCUUGAAUCAACAGCUCAGCUGAUUGAGCACAGUGUUUUCACCCACUCUGUUCAGCUGUGACCCAACAGACUCAGCCACUGAAGCGUGUUGUCUCAUCAAACACAGAAACCCUCUCAAAGUUGGAAACCUGGGUUUUAAAAGCAAAUAUUUGACAGUGACUGUGUGUGUGUGUGUGUGUGUGUGUGUGUGUGUUUUCCUUGACAGAAACAAAAGCGUAUCAGUUACUUAAACAAUCAGCCAUGCAGGAAAGGCCUCAGAGUUCUGAAGAGGACACCGACAGCCUCUCUGGUAAGAAAUGUGGUUCACUAAACAAAGUAGUGAACACCUGCAGCCUGAAUGUUUGGUCAACAUUUGCCAUAUGCUCUCAUGACAUAUAAGGACACCCUAGAAAGAACUUAUUUGAUGUGUAUACAAAAGUUAGCAUGUUAAAGCUCUUUGUCUCAAAGAAUAACUCCUAAAAUCUCAGCUAUCAGGCUUGAUCUUGUCAUUUUUGGUGUUUUCAUGAUGCACAGUAGGUUCUCAAAGUAGUAGGGAUGGAUGAUUAAUUAUCGUUCAUGAUUUAUCAUCAUAAAAUUCCUCCACGAUAAAUAAUCGCCAUCUCACAAUAAAUGCAAGUUGAUGACGUAAGCACGUAGAACAGACUUGCAGCCGUAGCCCACAUAGAUCAGAAUAACAAACAAACAUAACCAAAGGUAGUGAAGCGGACGUCCCUGAGCAGCUUGUUGCUAAACGAGGCUCCACAUGAGGGAUUUCCUCAAAGAUUGGGGCUUAGAUGAGUGCAAUCAGGUGUUCCUGACAUAGGACAGUGAAUCUGUUUACUCUUUGCAAUAAGAGUUUUGAAUAAAUGUUGAAAGUAAUUGUACAUUCCACUAGUUUUGUCUAUAACCUACCACUUAAACUUGUAGUUAAGUACCUUAUUUGACUAUGCCAACCACUAAGUGCCAUCCAAGAACAAUGAUUGUGGGGUCAAAAACAUAGAUAGGAGGGCGCGCAGUUGGCCAAGUGGGUCAGCGCACCCCCAUAAGUCGUCAUGGGCUCAAAUCCGGUCCCGACCAUGUGCUGCAUGUCCUCCCCCCUCUAUCUCCCCAUAUUUCACUCUGUCUUGUCAAUAAAUAAAAGCCAAAUAAAUCACUGAAUAAAAUACUUAGAAAAAAAAAGAAAUAUUACUCUUUAAAAAAGAAAAAAAAACAUAGAUAGGAAUUAUAAUAUUGUUAUCAGGACUUUUAUUAUGAUUGGCAGAAUGGCAAAAUUUAUUGUGAUAAAUUUUUUUGCCCAUAUCGCCCAUUCCUACAAAGUAGAUUACAGAUAAAUAUAAUAUAUACAGUAAUAUGAGUCCUCUCACAUAACUGUGUUUGAACAUCAAGACACCUCAACAACAAUGAGAAGUCUGCUUCUUAGCCUGACCAUAAGUUUCUCUAUUAAAAUGCAUUGUUGAUUAGCACCUGAUGAGAUGGUUUUAUGGGGCUCUGUUUGCUCUUUUAAGGAAUAAAUCAUGGCCAUGAAGAGGACCUGGGGAGGGCCAAACGCUCCUCACAUCAAGACCCUUACCCUCGGUAAGAACAUUGUUAUUAUUCCACGGGCCACAGGAAAUGGGCCACCAGACACCAAAGUGGUUGAUGUACAUUUGCAUGGCUGCUCUAAUAAUUCCCUGUUCAUUUCCAUAAGAUCAAGGGGGCGCCACCCAUUAACUCGCUUACAAAGACAAAAGGCCCCUAAAGCCCCUCUCACUCACCGUUUGUUGGGUUCAGCCAGGUUUUGAAAAUCAAAAGCGAAACAGUUACCUCAAAAAAAUAAAUUGGAGUCAUAAUCUUGCUGUCUUCAGGCUUGUUGUCAGAAGGCAAACAGAUCAUGUCAAGAAGAGAAUCAGGACAACUGUUAUGGAGGGAGGGGAUUCAAGUGUUGACAAGGACAAAUGUCCUUUCAUUUUUCACCCUUGAAACACAUUUAGGCUGCUCAAAUCAGAAGCCUGAGUGGACUAGAAAGAAGAUGUAAUGAUAAAUAGCUUGGUGGAAACUAACACCAUCACCGUUACAUUUGAAUAUCAACACGACUUCAUCAAAUCUGCAAUUGCAUGUCGGGUCCUCAGAGCACCUCUUCACUGCAAACCCAUUUGGGCUGUAGUAAUGGCUGGGUAAACGUUAUGAGGAAUAAUCUUCUCUGAUUUCAUGUGAUUACUGGGCACCACGCUGACAUGAGGGCUGAAGUCUGUAUCUCUCUGGCCUGGCAAACGGCGCUCCCAGUCUGCCUAUUAGCCCAGGGAAGGGCCUAAUGGGCUGGCUCUAUUGUGGCCCUCAUAGCCGCUGAUGUCUGCCACUGCCAGCCCCAGUGACCACCCUCUUUAAUAAACAUGAGCCAAUUUCAGGCCCGGACCCUUUCAGAUGGUGCCUGUCUCUCCAUCAUUAAUGUGCAUGUGAAGUCAGCAGUACAUGUGAUUAAACAGAAUUUGAAAAGUCAAAACUUAGACAGAAACACUGAAUGCUGCAAAAAACACAAGCAGUGUACCUAAGUCAAAUUGAACAAAUAGGUCGUUUUGCAUGCCCGACACCUUGGUGUUAACUGGGUUAGGAGGGACGCAGUGGCGGGCAUUUGGAGUAACCAUGAGCAUUAUUCUUUCUUUGGUCCUAUAAUGAUUCCCUCUGUCUUUUCUUUGCUUCUCCUGAACGCUUAGAUUUAAGCAUUCCACUUACUGCAGUCACUCCUUGCGCUUUAUUGCUUCCACAAGUGGUCUGGAAGCCCUGCACUUAAGCAGAAGCAUAUAACACUGCAGCAUGCUCCUGCCCUGCUUCCCUCUCUGUGUCUUACUCUCUCAUUUUCUUGCCCUCACUCCAUCUCUUUGCCCCUCUUUCUUUCUGUCUUCCUGCGCACCCCCUCUCCUCUCUAUCCUACUUGUUAAUUAUUUGCUUUAUUUUGUCAGCGAGCUGAUGAGUGACAUCAAAAGAAGGAUGGAGCUGGACUCGAAAUACAAAAAUGGCUUCCUCUCUGUUGUCUUAGACAAUAAUUAUGAUUUGCCAGUUAAGCCCAGACUACAGCAGAGGGAUUGUAGUUUAAAGCAGAGGCUUUGGUGCAAAAAAUGCAUUUAUAGCCCUUUGUGAGGCUCCUCAUUAUGUGUGGGCCCGAUUCAUUAAGUAAUUGGUUUGCAGUUGUUUACAUGAGUAUUAAGGCCUUCUAUUCAGGGCCUUUGAGAGAUACAUUGUGCAAAUGUUGCAUGUUAUGAAUGCAGAAUGAGAGGCGGGGGGCCAGUCCUAUUGGCCAAACACUGCACUCGGCUGAAAAGCAAGAGAAAAGCACUGGGUGCUGCUUUGCAUAGCAAUGACUAGGGCCUUAAUAAGCUUUACAGAUUAAAUACAUGCAGUCUAUACAAGAUGCAAAGAGAUACUCUUAACACAUUUAUAUGUGCUCAUUUCACUAUUAUGGCGUUGGAGAGAAUUGGGCUCUUUCAUAUUCUUUUUUUUUCCUCUCACUCUCUCUUCCUUGCUCUCUCCCACACAGUGUUUUUCAGUCAGAUACUUUUAUAGAAUGUGCUGUUUAUUGUAUUAUAACUCGUGGGGAAGCGACUGAUUUGUCCAUUAGAAAUCUUUUGCUGUCUUUGUGAGUGGCAAAGUAAAAUCACUUUGUGGUUGAGUGGGGAUGAAAGGAAUAAUGCACGAAGGAGUGAGUCUUAAUAAGCAGCUGCACUCCAUGUAAAGACCACUUGUUCCCCUUUGUAUGCAAGUGCAUGCCACUGCUUCCUCUCGUGCAAAGAAUCAUUGUGCUUCUUUCUAAUGUAGGCAUUUCAGAUGCCACUCCUUUCUUAUUUUUAUUUUGGGUUUUCUAAUACCUUUUUAUUCCUCCCUGUUUUUGAUCCCAAUAAAUGCUUGAAAACAUGUGUGCACACACAAGGCAGCAGACAUACACACAUACACAAAAUCCUGCAGCUAUCAGCUGGUGUGGUGAUUGUUGUGCCUAGUGCCUGCUUGACAAAAACCUUGACUCAACAAUUAGUGGUUUACAGCUUUGCCUUGGACAACAGGAUGUGCUCAAGCAUUCGACCUCAAAUCACUCAGAGUGUCAAAAUCAGAAGCUCUCGCUCUCUCAUGUUGGGAGGUGAUGUGUGUAGAUCUCUGACAGCUUGCUGGGAGGAGGAAUGGAGGGGUGAGAGGGGCAUGAGCUGAGAGAAAGAACCAGAGGGGAGGGGAAGUAAAAAAGGAGAGUGGGAGAUAGAGGGAGACAGAGAGGCAGUAACAGACAAAGAGGUUGUAAAAGAUGGAGGAGUGCUGUUCAAAACACAACAUAGUGGAGAGGGAAACAUUCAAAGGUUUAUCAGACAAUAUCGUCAUCCAAAGUGUAACUUACAAGGCUGUACAUGUAGAAUCAAGCAGAUGAAAGCAUUGAAUCAGUUUAAAAAACAGGAAACUAACUUGUUUCUGUCAUGUUUAAAAAUAUACCAGUUAUUCUCUUUUUAUUCCCUAUGGACUAAAAAAAUAAGACCUACAGCAUAAAUAAAUAAAACCUUGACUAAAUAUGAGGUCAGCAUUGAGAGGCACCAACCAGUGGAGGUCACUGUCCUACAUAACCUGACCCAGAGCAGUAAUACAGAGUUAAAAUAAAGACAUUAAAAAAAUAAACAUUUUCAAGUCUUUCAAAAUUAGUUUUUUCAAUAGUAAUUUGGUGUUUGGAUUUAUUUUUAGAGUGCAUACAGCAAAGUCACAGAAAAUAUUUUUCUAAACCAAAGUUAAUGCAUUCACAAUACACUGUUCUAAGGCAAAUAUAGACAAAAAAAAUUAUAAAUUGUUCAAUUCAGAAUUCUCAAAUUUUUAAAAAUGACUUUGUUGUUAUAACUCAUCAGUAUUGCCCCCUCCCCAUUCCUCAGUCUGUGUUAUUAAUAUUCCCCACACAAGCUAGCAAGUGUGCAUCAUGACACCCCAAAAUCUGUAACCCCAGACAAACAAUUGAUUGUUCUCCUACACCGGUCUUUACUGGACUGUCACCAGUCAGUUGGAGCGUGUGCUGUGUUUAAAUCAUUAGCCCAAUACCUCCCCUGAGUUGCAGUUCUCACUCGCUGCCAGCAGAGAGCACUCACAUGUUGGAGAGUGCCCACUCAGAAUGCACUCACAAUUCCCUCUCACUGUUUGCCCCCACUGAGGGCUAUAUCCUGCUACCAUUCAGGCCUGUUAGAGUACAUCUAAACGGAGCCUAAACAAUGUUUCUGUGGGGUCAUAGCUGGGAUGAGAGUAGGAGUUGAUGGGAAUGAUGAGGUGAUGGGUCUCCCUUUACCUUUAGACAAGCACUGCUGCGCAAAAGUGCUAUUGUGCUAUUAGCAUUUCUGUGUGGGUGGCAGGAGCUUAAAAAAAGCCAGGGUAAAUAAAAGCAAUUUUCUACCAAUCAGUAUGUGCAAGGCAUUAUUUAAUGCUUGGUAAGCAUUAUUUUCCCUGACAGUUCUCACAUUACCAAACACGACAGGGAGAUUUGGGGUUGAAUCCAUCUUAAAGAAACCGUAUUAACCUGACCAGGUAAUGUAUUUAACUUACGUGAAAGCACUGUAUGUUUACGAGGAAUAUGUGUAGACAAAGUUGCUAUAAAACUCUAUGUAUUCUUCUGAAAUGGACUUAAAUCCAGUAGAAAUUUUCUGUCACAUUCAAGUAUACUUCGAAAAAGGUGAUCAUCUUAAAAACAUGAAAAGGUGUAGUUCAUGUGGAAAAAAAAAAAGACUUCAGUCAUCUUGACUGCCCACUCUGUUCAUAUAUAAAAUUUAAAGUAGCUGUGUGGAAGUUUUUGUGUUUUUAUUUUCUCUACAGAAGGAUUUUCAAAGUUAACAAAAAGAGGCAGACAGGAUGCUGCUUGGACUGGAAUAAAUUCUCACAUAGAUGGGAAGUGAAGAGUAAACAGAUCUUACAACGAAUUUAUUAGUCUUAAAAAGGACCUUCAAAUCCAGUCCAAUUACGUUAGCCGAAUGACAUAGUUCACUUUUUUCACUAUUUCCUCCUUGUUAAAAAUAAACCUUCAAAUAUCAGUUUACACAGUUUUUACUAUGCUUCACAAAGCUGAAUUUCCUUUCCAAAUGUUGUAAUGUGUUUAAACUCCAUCAUACAAUUUCAAAGGUCAAAGUUGCAGACUCAGAUCUGCGAAGCGUACACAAAAACCGUGAGCACAUGAGGCAAACAACAAUAUAAAACAACUGCAAAGGACGGGAGAAGAAUGAGGAAAGCAGUGGAAAUAAGUGGACAUAACGAUAGCUGUAAUUUACAUCACUUUACACAUUAUAUUCACCUCUAUCUACCAGAGGCUGUCAAACACAAGCCAGCCCAGUCUUACAUAUUCAGAUCAUUGCCUCAAUUAAGGGAAACUCAGCAGAAGAUGAACUGGCAUAAAUGUUUAUGGAAACGGAAUAUUAGAUUGGUGGGGUCAGACCCAGACUGGGCUCUCUGUGGUAAUAGCCCUGUCUUGAAAUCAGUCCUGUCCCCCUGUGAAGUGGAACAGCUGAUAGACCAUUCCCAUUCUGUGGGGGAGUUCAAGAAAAGAAAAGCCUAAUUUACUCUCUGUUACAGCUAUUACAGCAGCAAGGGAGAGGAAGUCAUCUUAUACAUUAUUUCUGUGUUUUUGCUGCGGCAAGUUCCGCUCAAGAUCUGUUUCCUAACUGUUUGAAAUGGAUGCACAAGUCCUUGUGGUUUAGUUGUGUUUAAUAAUGAGCUCUUUAUCUCUGAAGCUGUGUAUAGAGAUGAGUCUGAACAGCAGCUGGAUGACUACGUAAAGUCCUGCAUAACAGUCUAUACUUUGUGUCCAAAAUUUAUGAGAAAGACAACAUCGUGAUGUUUUUGUAUCCUAGUCUUUAUAGAAAUAAAUCACUGCAGGUGUUAAUUAUGCCAAAAACAUUGCAUUUUGAUAUUUUGAUUUUAUCCUCACAUUUCAGGUAUUUUGGUUAACACCUCCUCUUAACAAAAGACUGUUCUUACAUGAUCAGAGCAUGACAAAACUUUAAGGAUUCAUCACUCAGUCUCACCAGUAGCAGUAACUCAUGCGAAAAAGGAUUUGUUUACAGGUAUAUUUUGAUUACAUUUAUUUUGUACAUGAACAACUGUAGAUCUAGUAAUGAUCUUAGCAAGUAUUUGCUCUUUCUACACAUAGAUAUAUGAGAAAGUGUCCUAAAUGAACCCUUAUUUUUAACUCUAAAACGUUUCCAUGUCUGUUCUCUGCAUUUAUCAAAAUCUUUGAAGACAUGAUUACAAACGUUAUAAAAUACUCUCAUUUUGGGAGACAAAAUGCCACAUUUUGACAAUCUUACAUGUUAUACACCUUCAGCUUGCAAUCUGAUUGUCACUGAAUCUUUUACCUAUUUUUUAAAUCUAAUUUAAAAUGAUUAAUUUGACAGCUUUGGGAUUUAAAAAGAUGCAAGAAUCAUUCAAAUGUCCUUUAGGAAGUCCUGCCCAUAUUCACGUAUGAAGGUUAUAUUCUAAUGAUUAUAGUGGCUGUAUGUUAUAGUGUAUUCCCCACAAAGCAAUCUGCUCACAGUUAAGAAUGGGAGCUGCAUCCCUAUUCACUCAUUGUGCCUUGAGUGGUGCAAAGCAGCAAUAUAUAGUUUGGAAGAUAGCAAUUGGAACACAGCCAGAGUAAUUUGGUCCUUACACUCAAUGUACAGUCACAUGUGCCAAGAUUUAGCUGAGCGCGAGAUGAGGAGAUGAGGGUGAUUGAGAGGAUGACAGUCAAAGAGGUCAUGGGUUUGAAUUGAUGCAGAUGGAGGGAGCACAGCGUACAACAGUUUUUUGCAAGAGCUCAUCUGCUUAAAACUGCUUCUUUUUUCUCCCUGUUUCUAAGAGAAGCAUCAACACAGCAUGGACAUAGAAGGUCCAAACAAAUAAGCCAUAUGGAUAUGUAUGCUAACCUGGGAGAUGAUGAGGCUAUAUUGUGGUGUUGUGAAUAGGCUCUGUGAUGAUGUAAAUUAAAGAGGAGGCCUUUAAAAGUGGAACAGGAGGGCCUUAUUGCAUAUGCAUUGGGGUAGAUCAAAGCCUUUCUAGAGGUCACACAUUUACAUAGCGAUAUCACCACAGCUAUGGGAACCUGGCAACCCCGUCUCAGGACUAUUUUUGUAAAAAAAGACGGCCUUGUUGGAGUCCUUUGGCACAAUAAGAACAGGAGUCAAGGAAGUCCCCUUUGCAGAACCGUCUGCCUGCCUUUUUUUCCCUUUUAAGCGAUUUUUAUUGAGAAAUAUUGACGUUUCUUGUUAAAGAAAGCCUGAGGUAUGAACUUUACAAGGCUAAUGACUGUUUUUGUGUUUCCAGAAAGGAGAAGACUCCCUCAAAGGCUUUUUCUGCGCUCCAAUCAAAAGGUGAGUAAAGACAGUCAUCCCAAUUGCAUGUAAAGGCGCAGUGUCAAAAAAAAAAACUUAAUUACACCAAACAGAUCAACAUAAAGAGGUUCAUGUGUUAACACGUGUAGAAAUGUAUUACAGAUUUUGUGCCUCACAAGAAAACCAACCCGGUGAUUAAAUUACUCUUUAAGUGCUGCCAUCCCUUUGAGGUUGCGUAAAUGAAAAAAUAGCCUUGAAGCCAAGUCCAGGUUACCAAAGGCUUGGAUUAAAGUUAACGGCAAACACUACUUAAUCUUCUUACACAUAAAUUCCCAUUUUGAGGAAUUAAUGUGCAAUUUCUGUCGAUCCCUGUCGAUCAAACUUUUAAGCAAAAGCUAAAGAAAUGUUGCGCAACUUGAGUGCUUUAGAUAAUUCCAUGGAAGAGUUGGUUUGACUCUAUAGGUGAACAACAAAACCUAUCCUGUUGUUUCAAUGACUUUUGACAAACUUGUUUUUAAAUGUAACAGUACAACCGACACGAGGACCUUUUCAUGUUAGUGUAGAGGAGUAAAAACAGACAUCCCUGACAUUUCAAUGGACUUAAGCUGCCAGUACACUCAACAGGCCUCUGAAUAUGGCUUUAGCAGUCAUAUUCGGGCACUUCUAUCAUAUCCCAGUUUAGUUUGUUCCAGCUGUUUUCAGGUCAAGAGAGGACAUUCUAUCAACAUGAAGAAGAGAGUGAACCUACGUAAAAUAAUUAAAAGAUAGAAUGCUAAAAUUUGUUGUUAAUUCCAGCUCAAGGUUGGUGCGUUUAAUUGUGGUAUGCAUAUGAAGAGACUGAUGAAUUGACUGGAUAAGGAAAUUAUGUAGACAGUUUAAAAGGUUACACUUCAAUGAGCAACAGAAGGAUACACACUCCACUAUGAUAAUGAAAUCUAGUAUUUUUUCCUCUCUUUUCGUUUUUGUACAGCUUUCUGGGGGGAAUCAGAUGAGAGCAACUCAGACAUUGAAGCAGCCCUGUGUCCUCGACCCUUCAACACAAACAACAAUGACACUGACAACAUCUCUGACUGAGAUUUUCCUGCAGAUAAUUUUUAAAUGCUCUACAUUAUAUCACUGCACAAUUCAAGGCAGUUUAGCUCACAGUAAUUCACCUCCUGACCUUUAUUUUAGUGGUCUGCAAUGUAAAUCAUAUGCACAGUGUAUCGUAAAAACAAAUAAUAAAGUUGACAGCUCUCACACUGGGUAAAGUACAUGAAGAGUUGUCCAACACUCUGAUGUUAACCCUGCUUCAGUCUCUUUAUCUGAACAACUCUCCCGACUCAUAAUAACAGCUCGAAAUAGAUUAAACUGAUCUUUUAAAGCGAUUUGUUUGCACUAGGCUGGAAAUCAUGCAUUUUGAAUGCUGCAAGCAUCUCAGAGUGCUCUACCUCCAGCAUGCUCGAGUGUAAUGAUGUGAGUCACCUGUGAAAUGACAAAGCACAAUGGCCACUCUGCACGCUGCUGCGCGACCUGUGAACCUGCUGAAGAGGCCCAUCUCCCAGGGCACAAAGUGUUGUAGCGCUAACAAACUCCGAAUAUUUAGAUCCUCCAACCAGUGUUCUGCGUAAAUCCUUUUCACAGCUACAUCUUUAAUAACUAUGCUUGAGCUGCAGAAACACAAAGAUGUAUGAGUUCUUAUCUGUGUUGAGCAAAUGAGUCACGAGUAGCAGAUAUGUUGCUGAAGGCACAAAAUAGUCUACUGCAAUUUAUGAUUUUGCAGCACGCUGAAUGGUCUGUGUCUAUUAAUAACUCAGAGCUACUGUGUGGGAGGUUACAUUCCCAAGUUUACAUUUAUAGUUUAUUAUGUCUGCAGUGUAAAUUUCCAAAACUGCCAUUCCUGGAUGUGGUAAAAGCCCCUGGCAUUCAGUGUCAGCAGGAUUCCAUUAGUCAGCUGUAGGUGACUUUACAUGCCUGAACCUUUUAAAGUAGGACUCCACAUUCAUUACCAAUAAUGGCUUCAGACAGCCCUGACCCACCACAGAAAAGGGACUGUGGCAGAGUAAUUUGGAGUUAGCUAAAAGGCUCCCUAACAUAAUAUCCAUGUUAAGGAGCAUGUCAACAGAUACUUGUGUGCGACAGAUGGCCUGUGGUGGAAGUGGAGUUAUAUUGUGUUAAUGUGUACUAACACAAUAACAUUUUUUAAAAAGAACUUCUCUGAUUUUGUGUCAGGGAGAUGAUGAGGAUGAUAUUCAGUUCAUUCUUUUAAGAGCCUGUGUAGCCACACUGCCAUUACAGGACACGUGAGGUUUUAUCUUGCAGUUAAAGGGUGUAAUCUGUGCAGUGAGUGACUCUAUUAGAAUUAAAAAUGAUGCCACAUUACUUGAUCUAUCAAUUCCAGGUUUACAUCGGACAGGGCUCUUUAACUCUUCCAGCAGAUGUAGGUUGUCAAGACAGGAAGAGGAUGGAUGAAAUGUUUUUUUCUCUGUAUGAUAGUCCUGAAUAAACAUUUAUUUUGAAAUUA